AUAUAUAUAUAUUACUUAUGGGAUAUUUUAAAUAAAUACUCAUUCACUUUUCAUAGGGGCCCGUUAGCUCUGAGACCCUAAACACUGCUAAUAGCUCUUGUUGUCAGAAACAGUCCUGUCUGUAGCAAGAAAGUAUUUGGACCUGUGUAGAAUCAGAUAUGGUAUUAUAUAUCUAAUCACUCUUAUGCAAAAACCUUUUUAAAUUUUGGCAUAAUUUCAAGUCUUUUUUUUUAUACAGUGCACUGAACAGUGUAUAUUGAAUGGAUUAAUUUAUUAUAAAGUAAUCAAAUGUCAUAUUUUUUUAUCAAAGUUUGCUUACACCAGCUUUCACUGAAAUUUAGAAUCAUUUUCUUCACUGUAUUAUGUUGGAUGAUACAAGGUUUCCGUGCAAGAGUGACUACAUAUAUAAAAUUAUGCUUGCUGCAAGACUUUUUGCAAGUCUUUGUUGGUUCCCUGGGGGUUUCAUAGAUUCUGUCAGUUAGAAGCUGGUUCACUCUAUGAUGGAUCCUUCAGUUUAGUAAUGUAUAUUAUUAGUCUUCUUAAACAGGCAUUUAAACAGUUAGGUACUUUGUAGGAGAAAUAAAUUGCCAAGUAAUUAUUUAAGGUUAUUCAUUUCUUUAUUUAUAUAGUAUUAAAGUCUAAAACGUUUUUAACUGAUCGGAUAAUUAAAAUUUGCACCUGGUGUGCCAAGUGUAGGUGAGAGAGGAGUAGCACCUUUUAUUGGAGAGAGUAGACCCUUGAGAGAGAUUAUUGUGCAUAUUGUGAGCUGUGCGAAGUGAAGGAGCAGUGUAUGUGUAUGUGUGUCUAGUGGGGGGGGUGUUGCUGGCAGACCCUGAGUGUUUUGGAAUGUGCCAAGGCUUGUUUCUGGGGUGGGACUCCAUGACCUCAAGCUAUGGGAUUGAGUGGGUGUGACUGUAGCGCGCAGCUACUUUAGAAAGAAAAAGGACCUCUUGCGAUCAUACUUUUAGCGCAUAUGCUCUCCUAACUGUAAGUGCCACAGUGGGCAGGUUAUUACUCUCAUAAUGACAACAUGUCUGUGCCUCUCCGUGCACACAGUCACUUGCUUCUAUGAUGAAACUAUUGUUGCCACUGUCUCGUGGUAAUGUAAUUUUUUUUUUAUACUGUAUUCCCCAGAGAGGUGUGGAGCAGGCCGGUGAGGGAGGAAUGCUGUUUCUUUAAGAGCGAGAGAGGGAGAGAGAGUGAGAGAGAGAGAAAGGGAGGGACCUCUUUGCCCUCCAGAAACCAGGAAGGGAAUUGAGUUGAUCUGCUGCUGCCUGUUUAGCGCAUACGGGGCUUUGAGAAGCAGGGACAGCUAAAGAGAGAGAGGGAGAGAGAGAGGGCUCCAGAGAGGAGGAGAGGAGAGGAGGGAAAAGAGAAGCCACAACAAGCAGCACCACGGCCAUCGCAGACAGGCAGACGGACAGACGGCAGGACGGACGCGCGGGCGGGGGCUGCGAUUGGCGGCUCGGCGGCAGGCUGGUGGAAGAUGUCGUCGGGCGCCGGCGGGCGGGGAGGACGGCAGGGCCGGGCCUGCUCGGGCACGGGAGAGGCAGAGGAGGGUCCCGUGGGCAUCCCCUUCCCCGAGCACAGUGCCGACCUGCUGGGCGGUCUGAACCGACAGCGCCUCAGCGGCCUGCUGUGCGACGUGCUGCUGGUGGCCCAGGAGCGCGAGUUCCCCGCCCAUCGCUCGGUUCUGGCGUCCUGCAGUACCUACUUCCACAAGCUUUUCACCUCAGGCCAGGCCGCCGACCGCCAGAGCGUCUAUGCGCUGGAUUUUGUGCGGGCCGAGGCGCUGGCCGCCCUGCUGGACUUUGCCUACACAGCUACGCUCACAGUCAGCCGCAGCAGUGUGGCAGACAUCCUGAGUGCUGCCCGACUGCUGGAAAUCUCACCCGUCCAAGACGUGUGUACGCACCUGCUGGACACCAAAGUGCUCUCCCCGCCGGCGGGUAGUGAGCAAGCAGAGGACGAAGCUGAGGAGGACAAGGAGCACAGGAGGAGCGGAGGAGAGAAGGGCAACCGACUGCGCGCUCGCGAAUACUUGGAGUUCUUCCAGCGGGGGGCGCACUGGGGCAGCAGCUGCAGCACGCCAGAGCUCAGGGACCCGCCCGCACACCUGCACUUUAACCAGCGCAACGGCAGCGCUGACAGCAAUGGCACGCCCCCUGGACCAGCUGCCUACUUCUCCCCCCUUGCCCAGGUCCUUGCCCAGACCCCCCUGCCCCCGGAAGCAGAGGACGACGAUGAUGACAUCCUGGAAGAGGAGGAAAAGCAGCUGGACAGCGUAUCUGCCGAUGUCACCAAGGAAGCGCUGAUGUGGAGGCGGGGGAACGGCACCAACAGUCUUUCUCACUUCUACACCCCAUCCCAGAACGGACACUUCUACCUCCAUCAGCCGGAGCCCAAGGCCGAGCGGGACGUAGAGACCCCCGUGACGCGGGAGUCGGAGCGAGGGCCCGCCAGCACUCUCCUGCAGCAGAUGAUGGACUCCAUAGAGCGGCAGAAGGAGGGGGUAGUGGGGGCAGAGGAUGAUGGGCCGGAUGGAGAGGAACCCGAUGUGGAGUUUUACUUGAAGUACUUUAACAGUGCGCAGCAGGAGGAGACGGGCAGUGCUGCCGUGGCGCAGAGCCUUUUGCCCCUCUGGUCUGUACGGGGCAGUGGCGGGGGUGGUGGGGGUCAGUCGGGAGGAGGGGGCGGCAGCAGCGGAGAGAGGAAGAUGCGCUCCAAGGCCUUCCAGAAGUGCCCCAUCUGCUCCAAGGUCAUCCAGGGGGCCGGAAAACUCCCCCGCCACAUUCGCACACACACGGGAGAGAAGCCCUAUGAGUGCGCUAUCUGCAAAGUGCGCUUCACCAGACAGGACAAGCUCAAGGUUCACAUGCGCAAACAUACAGGAGAGAAGCCUUACCUGUGCACGCAGUGCGGGGCCGCCUUCGCCCACAACUAUGACCUGAAGAACCACAUGCGCGUUCACACGGGCCUGCGCCCCUACCAGUGCUCAAGCUGCUUUAAAACGUUUGUGCGCUCGGACCACCUGCACCGCCACCUGAAGAAGGACGGCUGUAACGGGAUCCCGUCGCGUCGCGGCCGUAAGCCCCGCAUACGGGAGCACGAGCUGCUGGAGGGUCCUCCGGAGCCCCCUAUCCCAGGGCAGCGCUUGGCUAGGGUGCGGCGACGCUCAGAGGGGGGCAGCGGGUCCCCCAUACCGGAGGACACUCCAGAGAGCCGUACACACAGUCCAGACGGAGACGUACGGGGGGAAGGAGGAGUGAGGCAAAGGGACUUCGCCAUGGCGUAAAAAAAAAAAUCAGACACUGCUAAAUUUGGGUGCGCCACAUGUCAACGGGAGGAAAAACUAAUGAAAAAAGCGAAACAAAAGGACAAAUGAAAGCAAACGAGAAAAAAAACUACAACUACAUGCUCCUCUUUUUAAAACCAAAUCAGGGUGUCACAAAAAUCGAAUCUCUUAGUUUCCUUUCUCUUUCUCUCUCUUUAUUCCUUUUUUUCUUUAACAUUCAGUGUAGAGAACUAAAGCCACAAGUUACUGGCCUGUCAAAAGAGUGAAGAGCACUUUAAAUCACUCACCCGUGCUGUCUCCAUCUUUCUGGGUUUUUUGUUUUGUUUUUGUUUUCUUUUCAUUUUGCUCAGUUUCUUUUUUUUUAUACAAUUAACUUUGGCGUAAUGGCGUAAUGGCCAUAUGCAUACGACGAAGUGGAGCUACUAUGCAGUUAAAACAGGUUUCUCGUCUCUGGGUUGCGUUCCACAGGGCCUAUGUCUUAAACAAAUAUAAACUAAAAUAAGUGAGGUGUCAAUCACCUGGCUGACUGCUGCUGCUGCUGCUAGUGCAACAGGUGAACGAAGAAGUGACCCGAGAUGUGGAAGAAAUGAGUCUUUUGUUUUUUUGUUUUUUUUUUUGUUUUUUUUUUCUUCCUCUAACGCAGUGAAAACCAUGUACAUAUACCAUUAAGGAAAAGUUAUAUUGUCUCUGAUCAAUAUGGCAAUAUUAUGCAAUUUUAAAGCAGCACCUUCUUUCUAAAUGUACCAGAAAGAAUCAGACAGGGGUUUUGAUUUUAAGUGUUACUUUCUCUAUAAAACACACAAUCUAUGUUUUUUUUUUUUUUUUUUUUGAGUCGAAUCCACUUAGGGGGGCUCGUUAAUUUUAGGCUGUGGGAGGAAAAGAGAGGGCAGGAGGUUCUGUGUUUCUGAAGCACUACCGUCGUCUGUUUGCUAAAUCUUUACCUCUCUCAAGCCUGCUUUCCUACUUGUUAGCAUUCUCUUUUUCUUUUCUUUUUUAUUUGUCUUAAUGUUUUGGGUCGUUGUUGAUGUUUUUUCCUUUGCGUUGACUGUUUUUGGGUACUUGACACUUUACAUUGUAUGUGUGUGUAUAUAUUAGGUGAUGAUAUUGGUCCCUUUAUAAGAGUUAUAUUGCAGAUGGAUAGGGUUAUAUCUUCCUUCAGCUUCACUCCAGGUUGCUCCCUGGGGGAAGCUGGUAAAGGGGAAAAGAUUUGUUGAGAGCAAUCUUUUUUUUUUUCCUUUUUUUUUUUUGGUCCUAACUCAGCACUUGACGGAACCCACAAGUUCCCGCCCAAAGUAUGAACCGUGAUUCAUGUGCGUCUUAACGUUGUGUGUGUUUUCUGCAGGGGUUUGCCAGCAAGCAAGGAGAGACAGGACCACUGUUUUUGAAACAGCUGGGUGCACUAAGGUCGAGAAUGUGUUCUCUUUUCAUGCAGGGAAAGGAGAGGUAGAAACGAGCACCUUUUAUGCAUUUGCACAGCUUUACUAAAGAUAUCCGACAGAGAGAGAGAGUUCUAUUUAAAGAGAUAAAGAGAGGGAGGUGAGGUCUGAAGUGCUUAUUCCAGCGUUCUGCUUGAGGGACCACAAAAUCCAUAAGAUGACCUGGGUGAUGAGACGAGCAAUAAAUAUGUACAUGUCUAAGAUAGGAGGCCAAAUACCUGCACAGCUUAAACUGGGUGGUAGGGACUCAAUAUGUGGUGCUUUUUGGGUGGGGUGAGGGGGUGGGUUAGGGUGGAGAAGUAAUAGUUUUUAGCUCCGUUAAACUAAGUAACACCCCAAAAAAUGACUCAGUUGAAAAUGAAAAAUGUACCCAGUCUUAUCAAAUGUUUGGGGACACCUCACCCCUGUUUACUUCUGGUCUUGUAAUGUGACUACUCUCUGGAUUGAGUUCUGAUAGGAUUUUAGCCAUGCAUUCACACUUGGUAGUGAAAUGUGCCUACAGUUAGUCAGACCAAAAUCUGAUUGCUAUGUGGAAUGGAAUAUGCAACUUGUCUUGUUGCACAUCAGUUUUUUUUUUGGGGGGGGCGUAUUUUGGUUGUUGAAUGUGUCUUGGGGAGAUGGAUGGUCUCAGACUAUUUGUUGAAGUGAUCAGAUUUAUAGCUGUUUUAAAUGUGGUGUAUUUACACUUAUCCAGAUAUAAUUCAGGUAUAUAAUCCACUUAAGUCGUAUGAGGUGACCAGGUGUAAACAGGCUCCUUUAUGUUAUAGUACAAAUUAACUAAAAAAAAAUUACAUUGGCUGAAACUUAACACAUUAAUGACUGAGCAUGUUUAUUUUGACGAAGGCAGUAAGCAGAAUUAGCUAACCCUAGUUUGAACAAAGAGAACAUGCAAUCAUCAUUUGGGCAAAUUCGGCAAUAAACCCAAAAUUUCAGUCGUUUUAGCAUCUGACAUACUUCAAAAAAAAAAAAAACACAAGGUGUCCCCAAACUCUUGAUGAACGCUCUCCGUAGAUAUACUAUCAGGCUCAUAAGUAUUUGGACAGUGACACAAUUUUGUGAUUUUUGCCUCUGUACACCAUCCCAAUGCCUAGUCACCUGACCUUAACCUUUAAUUUACUCAAGACAGAAUUGAAGAAUUGAAAAAAAUAUUUUUGACCACCAUGAAUAUCACAGUAUAUUUCUUAAUUAUGAUACGAUUGGAUGCUAAUUACAGUAUAAAAAAAGCCAAUUGUGUUCUGCCCAUGGAGUUUUUUUUUGAUUUUAUCAAAUUUUAUACUGGUGGAAGAGAACAUGCCAAGAUGCAUGAAAACUGUGACUAAAAACAGGGUUAUUCCAUGAAAUAUUGAUUUCUGAACUCUUAAAACUUUAUGAAUAUGAAUCUUUGCAUCUUUUUUGCCAUUUCUCAUUUUUUGUAAAUAAAUGCUCUAUAUAAUAUUUUUAGUUGGAAUUUGGGAGAAAUGUUAACCAUAGUUUAAAAAAAACAAUAAUGAACAAUUAUGUUAAUUUUACUCUAACAUGAACCUAUAAAUAGCAAAAUCAGAUAAACUGAUUCAGAAACGUUUUUUCCAGAGCUAUAAAUAGGCCGUUAUUUAUAAUGAGGACAUUUUUAGGUCUCAAUUAAACAAGAUGGUGUACAAAGGCAAAGUUACAAAAAAUGUGUUCAAAUGAUGUUAUCUAAAUGCUUAUGAAGCAGCCUGUAUAUAUAUAUAAUUUUCUUCCUCUACUCUAUGCACUACUCUACUGUUCAGUUUAGAGUGUAGGCCUUCUAUUGCAAGAAGUCCUGAGUACACUCUUUAGAUUAAAUGUGCUACAAUCAGGUCUUUGGGUGAGGCCAUAGAAAAGCCACUCUUGGUUCACUUUUGGUUCCAUUAAGAACCAUUUGUAGUGAUGUAAAGGUUCUUUAAUUCUCUCACAAAUCUAUAUUACAACAAGGGUUCUUAAAGAGCAGUUUGAAGCACCUUUAGUUUGAAGAGUAUGUGGUGGUUAUGUGGCUACAUAUGCUAGGAGGGGGAACAGGGCAGGGACGGUGCAGCACUGUCCUUUGGCCACAUCCCAGCUGCGUGAUUUAGUCAGAGGGGGAGCGUCAGGUUUGUGGGCACGUCCCAACAUGCUUUUCUCCCCCAAAAAAUUCUGUCCAGCCUUUUUUUUUUUCCCUUCCCUUUUUUGGAAUUAGGCCUAUUUAGUGACUGGAGCUAUCAGAGUCAGAGUUUGGUUGGUUUUAAACUUGAAGUGGUAGAAAAAGUUUUAUCCUGAGAGUGCGUGAGUGUUUUUGUGUGUGUUUGACCUCCCUCCUUUGGAGAAUGCACAGGAAGUCCAUAGCGUCCAGAGUUGAGUCCUUUGUGUUUUUAUGGGUAAAUAAGUCAUACCGUGUGAGAUGCAGUUAUCAUUCCCUCUCUUUUCCCCACUGCUGCCGUGUUGUGCCCAGCGUUUCCAGUCCUUUGCACCUUAAUGGGAAAGCAGCAGGUUUUGAUUGCACUUUGUUACUGAGAAGGGCACUUUUUCUCAAAAAUAAACGGGUACUUUGAAAUAAAAGAGAGAAUGUGCACAAAAGAAAAGAGAGAAUGAAAGACAGAAAGAGGCCUAUCCGCGUGGCGAUGCUUAGCUCGUUUCUUUUUUUUUUUUGUCUAGCUGUUUUGACGACUGGCUGCCAAAAAAUAUCUGUACAGUCACAGAGUUGCAGGGUCUUCUAAUGUGUUGGGAUGUGCGAUACUGGUGCUGUGAUUAUGCACGUUGUUGGCAAGCAGGGAGGGUGGGGUUAAGACGAAUUUUAAAAUACCCUUAAAUAUAUUUAAGAUAUUCCCUUUCUUAUCUAUUGAAUUGCACUUGAAAUUUUAAUUUGAUGUAAAGAUUUUCUUUUGUCUUAUUCAUGUCUUAAUGUAGAGUGGUGAGGUGGGAAUUGUGUUGGUCGUGGUGAGUGGAGGGGUGUAAGGGAUUAGGGUGUGGCAUAUAUGUUCACACAGCAGGUAAAAGUGGCCCAAAAUCUAAUUUCCUCAACAAAUAAUUUAACUCAUUUCUAACAUUUCUUUGAAGAUGCACAUUUGCAUGUUGUCCUCAAUUUAAAAACAAUGUGAGUUCUGAUUUGGCUGUUCAGACUUUUUCAUUCUCUCAUUGCUGCAAAUCUUAUUUGUGUUGGAUUUUAAUACCAUGUGUUGAAGAUAAACAUCUGUGUCACAUAUGAUGUAAAAUAUUAGAUUUGAGCCACUCUCACCUGCUGUGUGAACAUACCACAAGUGUGGAUACAUGCUUGCACAUGGGUCUUCCAGUAAUUCCUAAUGAGUGUAUUAUUCCAUUUAGACAGUUUAACAGUUCAUUACUCCAGUUUAUAUCAUUAUGCACAGAGAACAGACUAUCAGCUGUAGCCAAGCUCCAAUUUUCACUCAGUCAAUGACAACCUGUGCAGCCUGCGUAAUAAAAGGGAUGUGUUUGGUUAAGGUUGCUAUUGCGAGGCCACACCCUGAGCAGUGGGUUUGGAGUUCUUGGCCUUCAUUGCUUUGUGGGAUCAGCCUGGACCCUGUCUGUUCGGAAUAUUCCACUGGUCCUCAGUAGGUUAUAGUGAACAUAUCUUAGUUAAUUACGACCUUCUGACUGACCUUCAGCCUAAAUCCACUCUCCAACACAUCUGUGGUCUGUGACAAGGGAGUACCCCACAGAUUGUUCCACAAGUCUGCAAACUGCAGUUGGUGCCACACCCCCCAAACCAACCCCCCUCAUUAUAGUCAGCAAAAGUCAGAGUGGCAAUCAUUGAGAGAAAAAAAAACCUUACUUGAGUUCCUCUAUCACUGUUUCUUCUUUAUUUCUGUGAUCUGUAGGCUGCCUGUUUACUAGGUGAAAAGUCUUAAGUUUUUUUUUCUUUUAUCCUGCAAAUGAUGUUGCUUCGUUAUUUUUUUUUGUUGUUCAUUUUUUUUUAUUUGUUUUAAUUUAAUAGCUCUUGUGUAAGUGGAUAUGUGCGUGGGGUGCAGGGGUGGGGGGUGUUUUGAGCUUGGAACAUGGUGGAGGUGGAUAAAGAGGGUUUUAUUAUUAUUUCUUUUGGUGGCUGGGAUGGGGCAGGGGCGGGGCCUGAUAGCACUGGAUAUGGUGCUUUAGCUGAGACAGCAAGAGUUUUGCACUAAAAAGUCAUGUCCUUGUCCUCACAGGAGAAGGACUGGAGAACCAGGCAAAGGCCUUUGAGUUUCCGUGAACACACAGAGCCUAAUUCAAGCCUGCUUCACCAUGCCCUUUUUUAACCUUAUUUCUCUACUGUUAAUUAUUGAUCAUUUAAAAACAAAAGAAAAAAAAAACCCAAAGUAGAUAAAGGCCUGGAUUACUUGAAUUAAUUUUGCUCCUUUAAGCUGAAUAAGCUUUCGCUCACUUUCUGUAGUACUGAUUCCAUCUGUGGGUGCAUCAAGUAGAAGUUUAGGAUGCCCCUGUGAUGUAAAAAUUGAAAAGAUUGAGCAACACAGGCUGUAUUAAGCAGUGCUGAGUUCUAUUCUAUUUUGGGAUAUUGUUAAAAAAGGCUAUAUAUAUAUAAGAACAGAAGAAUACAGAAGAAUAGUUGGAUGUACAGAUCAUGAAAGAACAUUUAUUGAACAACCUAUUUCUAGAACCGCUUUUAGCACCUUUAUUUCUGAGAGUGUACCCCAACUUAAGCUACUCAAGGAAGGUACAACAUUCAGGGAAUCAAUGGCCCAAACUAGACCAAGUUCCAAGAUUGUGAUUCCGUAUUUGUUCAGUGGACUAAUAGGACAUUCCUUCAAGUUCACAGCAACUCACUGGCCUUGGUUUGGAAAUUAAGCUCUGUGUAAAUGGGUGUGCGUGGAGUCCAGAGGGGGCCAGGUGUAAACCUCACUAAGCGGAGAGAGAUACGGAGAAGAAUGUGCCUUAACAUGGGAGGGUAUUGAAAAAAUGGGAGAUUUCAUUUCCAUUCCCAUUUCAGUUUGCUUACGAAUUAUCCCCAUCGUAUCUCCAAUUUGCAGUCUAAUUAACAGAACUGUCCAGCAUGGAAAGUUUUGAAUUGUACUGUAGGCCUCUGUGGCUGAAUGUAAAACGGUUGCCUGUAACCAACCACACACAACUCAUUCCUCAAGCCGUCAAGAAGCAAUGUUAGAAUGGGCCUCUUGGUCCUUUGCAGUGAAAAGCUCCAGUCUCUGCUCCUCUGGAGAAGGUCAGAGCACCUCGCCCCGUUAUGGCUCCUCAAGCAGAUGCUUCACUGAGAAGGUGUCCCACAAACCCUUUUACAAGAUUUACAAGUGUCGCAUAUGUAAUAUCCAAAUAUUGAUUUGUCUGUUGUUUUAUUUAUUGGCUGGGAUGUCGAAAAGCAUUAUUACAAAAACAUUGACGGUAAGAACUGUAAUAAUCGUGUAUCAAAAGGCAGUGAGGACAGUUGAUGGCCGCAUUAGGGGCUGUGCAGAUGUUCAAGCUAGACUAAAGCACAACAGACUGUAGGCUGAUGUAUAUGUUAAGGUAGCAACAGUUGCACUGUUGUAGUGCAGACUACUCUGGCACACUUACAAAUUGACUGUUGUCUGUUUAACUAGGGCUACGUUCACAUUACAAGUUGAAAACUUGGGCAGUUUUGACCUAAAUAUGACAGCUGUGUAAACACAAGAAUCUGUUCUUUUUCUUAAUUAGAUCUGAGCCACUUUACACUUUAGACUGGGUAUAUACAAAUAACAAGAACAUUUGAUGAAUUUCUUCGUUUAUUGUUGCCUUUAUUGUAUUCUAGAAAGAAAGAAUCAAAGCCCUUUAAGGGAACACAGUGCCCCCGAGAAGUUAUUUCCAGUAAUAUCACUUUUCUAAAUGGCGAACAUCUAAAUAUCUGUGAACCCGAAACUGAAAAUCAGGUUUUGACCUUUCAGAAUUACUGAUACACAUAAAUUGGCUAUAAGUAUUUGGCUCAAAUAACGCAUAAAAACAUAUUUUUAUCCAGUUUGUUGUAGUGUCUGUAUAUCUUUGCAGAUCUUUUCUAAUCCACAUCUAUACCAAUAACCUAUGGAUGUGCCAAAGGUGCUUACAGCUUAAAAUGUAUUUCUAUAUAUUUUUUUUUUUUGUCAGAUUUGGGUCGCAUACAGAUAUAAUUUUAAACCGGUCCGGAUCUGAGCGCAAACAAAUUAGAAUUAAGCGAUGAUUCUUGUAAUGUGAAAGAAGCCUAGAUGUCCUUCAUGAGCUAAUUGACCCAUUGGGGUAUAAAGAGUGCUUUAUAUUGAAGGGUUAUCUUAAAGGGUGGGAUGAAGAUAGCCAGUUGAUGCUGUGUUUACCUUGUUCAGGAAUCAAUGUCUACCUGCUACCUAAUGACCUAAUGCUCAGCCUGUUGUGCUUUACUGGCCAUGCAGAUGAUGCUGGAAGCGAAAGCUUGGUGCAUUUGUUUAUGUAUGUAUGUAUCUCUGCACGCUUGUGUGCGUGCAUGUGUGUAUAUGUGUGUGUGGGUGAGGUUUCACACAAGUCACUAUUGUGGGGAUUAUGGGUAAUCAUCUAUCCUUUUAAGUCAAUUGCUUCUCAGGUUGAAAACACACACACACACUGCAGUCCAUUGGUUUGGUACCUGCCCAGUUUUUUGCCUUCCGUGUAAUCAAAGCUUUAUUAUUGUACAAUAUCGGUCCAUGUGAGGAUGUUCUGACGGAAUGUGCCCGCAAUCCCUUCAUUUACUUUCGCCUAUGAUGUGUGUUUUCUUGUGUUGCUGAAGCAAAAAGAGUGCCGAAACGAGUCACUGUAAGCUUACUGGACGGCAGGUUCACAGUUUGUUUGAGUUGCGGGUGUAUUUAGCGUUCCAUGCUCCACCUACAAUUGUGUUCUUUUGUAGAAAACAUUGGUUGCACAAGCAGUUAUUGCCUUUUGAAAUACAUUAUAAUUCAUAAACUAAUGCUUUUUUUAUCUGGUGUUAACCAGAUUUUGACCAAUAUUUCAAAACUCAAGAAAAGCAGGUUCUAGUUUACAUUUAUACCAAUCCAGAUGGAUUUAGCCCCAAUUUCUACAUUUAAUUUAUGUAUGGAUAUACGGGCAGCGGCAGAUAUAUGAAAAAUAUCAAACAUUGCCAUGGAUCCACAGCUGCCAUAUCGAUGCACCCCUUCUGAGGGUGUUUAGAUUGACACUUUCCUGUCACUGGAAAACCUUGCAUCUUUUUUAGCUUUUUGUGAAUAUGCAAGUUGUAUCAUUUUACAUAGUCUACAAUUGUUAUGAUUAAUGGACCAAUAGAAAUGUUCCAGAAUUGUAAAAUCAUUUACCAAUAUUUUCUGAAGCUUGCCCAAAUUUUGUAAAAAUAUCUACAAAAGAGCAUAUUUUAAGGUGGAGUGAAUUGUCUUCUUUUUUCCACACUUAGUCCAUCUGCUCUGGCAGCCUCUAGGCCGUGGAACGUCCAUGGCCGAGACUGCGGCAGAGAAAAGGUCUUUUCAGGUCCGAAGCCACCAACAAAUCCAGGAAGCAUUCCUUAACUUCCACAAUUCCCACUUAGGAGAGUGAGCGGGGUCUGGGUGGAGGGAAGAGAAGUGGUUCUUUUUUGUCUUAAAAUGUCUGUGUUUCUCUCCCUCCACCUUCCCAGUCCUAAAGCCCGCGAGUAGGUAGGCAGUGAGCAGGGCUUCUUAAAGCCAUCAUGCUGUUUGCAGCUUGGUGAUUGUAACAAAAAAGCACUUUGCGAAUGGCCAUCCAGAAUUUUGUGUGCUUUCUCCAAUGGUUAUUACUGUUAAUGUUAAUAUUUUUGCUGUUUUUUUAUUUUCUUUUGUUGAUAUGUUUCAUUUUGUUAUCUCAUUGUGGAUAUGAUGGUUUAUUUAAAUGCAAAAACUACAUGGAAAUAUAUAAAUCUAUAUAUAUAAAAAUAUAUAUAAACAAAAGAAAAAAACUUGAACAUGCUACAUUUGGGUUGAAGUCCAUUUGAAUUGCCGCCCCACUAAACAACACCCGACUGUAGAAAAACACAGCGAAAGCAAGGAACGACAACAGUGUAUCAAACCGGACAUGCUUUCUUUUCCACAUCAGCGCUCAAACCUGAACCCAGAACCUGUACAAGAGAGAAAAACCAAGACUCUAAAGAACUUUUUUUUAUAAAUGACAACACUGCAGAAUAAGCCUAAACUGAUAUUGGGGUGGCCAGGAUCCCCCAUACCCCUUCAGUGUCCUAAUACAAAGCUGCGUAAUAUAUUCACCUCUACUGCAGUAUCAGGCAGGUUUUGCAAAAUGGUUCAUAUUUCAUGCAUAGGGGCCACAUGAGGCCUCUCUUUGUUUUCCCACGAAAAUGCUAGUUUGUACAAGCACACUGUAGUAGAUUUCAGUCACUUGUGAGAAUGAGUUUCACUUCUUAGGAAGAAAAAUAGAGUACAUGCAGGAAUAUACACAACAUUGUUUAUUUUUCUCAGAUUCUUAUGGAGAUUAUAUUAUAUAGAGUGUAUUAUAAAAUGCUCAGACAGACAGGAUUCACUUAACAGUUAAGAGACAGUAAUUAAGCAGCAGCCUUUUUCUUUGGUGUGCUAAGAUUAGCAUUAGCAUUAGGGCACAUUAUUCUAACACUUCAGAAAUAGGUAGACUUUGGGGCGGCAGAGUAUUUCCCAGUGUCUCAGGCUUGGACGGUAGGAACCCUGUCCUUUUUUCAGCUUAAAUCAAGUCCUGUUCCUUUCCAAUGUCCCUCAGUGUCUGUUGAAGCUUGGGAGGGAUGGGCGAGUUUGGGAGAAUUUGCACUUUUGGCGAUGAAAUGAAUUUGUAUUGUAUAUGAGACCACUAAAUGUACAUCGUCUAAAUCAUACAAUUCCAUCUUUUUUUCCAUUUUUUUGUUCCAUUUUAUUCUGUUGGAUUAAAUUUUUUGUUUGUUUUUUUGUUUAUUUUUACAAAAUAUAUCCAAAAAUGUCUGGUGUCCUGGUUUAAGAAAUAAGAUCUUUCUAUUAAAAAAAACAGAAUGUUUACGA